AUGACAGCAAGUGACCAUCUACAAGCCGAUCUUUUUGAUAAUCAACUAUCAUCAACUGUAUCAUGUAUAUCAUCGAAUGUUGGUUCAAUAACAGAUUUUCUUUUAACUUCAACACAUUCCACUAUAAAUAAUGACGAACAAGUAUUAGAAAAUAGUAACCGAGAAGAUAUAUCAAUAUGUGAAAAUGAACCAAUGAAUGAAUUAAAUAUAUCGGGUAAUAGAGAAAAACUAGGUCAUCGUCGUGUUGAUGAAAUAGGAAAUGUUACAUAUAAACGUGUUAUGGUUGAUGAUCUUAUGAAAUCAUUACAAAUAGGUCUUAAUUAUGUUAUUGGUAAACAUCAUCAACCUCAACGUCCAGUGCUUAUACAAGAUUUUCAACAAAUUGAAUAUCAAGAUUUUCCACCUGAAGGUUCAAAAUCAACACCAAAACAUCCAUAUAGUGAAUUUCGUUUAAAAACUUAUGCUCAAACCGCAUUUCGUUUUUUUCGUAAAUCAUUUGGAGUUGAUCCAUCUUCAUUCAUCUUAUCACUUUGUGCAAAAGAUUUACGAGAAUUACCAAAUCCAGGUGCAAGUGGUUCGAUAUUUUAUCUAACAUCUGAUGAUACAUAUAUUAUAAAAACAGUAUCAAAAAAAGAAGCACGAUUUUUACUUAGUCUUUUACCGGGUUAUUAUAUGAAUUUAACACAAAAUCCUUUUACACUUCUACCAAAAUUCUUUGGCCUUUAUUGUUAUCAAAGUUCAAAUAAAAAUAUUCGUUUUGUUAUUAUGAAUAACUUAGUACCAACAAAUGUUAAACUACAUGAAAAAUAUGAUUUAAAAGGUUCAAUCUAUAAACGAAAAGCAUCAGAUGAAGAACGUAAACGUGAUUUACCAACAUUAAAAGAUAAUGAUUUCAAAUGUUUACAUUCAUAUGGAUUAACACUCGAACCAUUUUUUUAUGAUCAAUUAAUGCAAACGAUCGAAGAUGAUGUUAGAGUUCUCGGUAGUUUUGGUAUUAUGGAUUAUUCGUUUCUAUUAGCUGCUCAUAAUAUAACUGAAACAAUGAAAUCAACACAUAAACUAUCGUUUGUACCAUCGAGAGAAUCAACAUCUUUAAAUGAACCAAUUUCAUCAGAUAUUAUAACGAAUAGAUUAUCAAGUAUUCAUGAAGAAAUAACAACAACAUCAACAGAUUCUGGUAUUACGAUGACAACAAUAUCUAAACUUCCAACAUAUAUUCAAUAUUUACGUGUUAUUGAAUUUAUUCGUACACAACAGGAAUCUUCAACAUUAAAUAUUGAACGUUCCUUAUCAAUUAAUCAUGAUGAAACAUCAAGUAUACAAACCGUUAAACCAGAAUUAUCACCAAUAUUAGAUAAACACUUCGAGCAAAUUUCUCAGUCAAAUGAAGAUCGAUCAAGUUCUACUAAUAUUACACGUCAAAUGAUAAAUAAAAGUCCAAUAAAUCAUAGUAAUAGUAUAUCAUCAUCGUUUCAUAUGGGUAAUGGUUUAAUAGGUGGAGAUGUUUGGUACAAUCGACAAAAUCUUUCUCGUCUUGCAAUGGCCGGUAUACCAGCUGUAAAUAAGAAUGGUGAUUUAUUAUUAUUAUAUGUCGGUAUUAUUGACAUUCUACAAAACUAUCGUCUUCGAAAGAAAUUAGAACAUGCAUUCAAAUCAACACUAGUAACUCGGGAAGAAAUAUCUGUUUGUAAUCCAAGUCAUUAUGGUGAUCGUUUUGUCAGAUUUCUUUCACAUAAAGUAUUCCGCAAAGGAGGUCCAAAUGGAAACACAGUACUAUCUGAUAGUCAUUCAAAUACAGAUCGAAAUACUGUGCAUAGUAGUAGAUUAUUAAAUUCAUCUUCAUUAUAUCAUUCUCAAUUGAGUGAUGAUGAUAAUUCAUCAAUAAUAAACAAUAAUAAUGAAAUGCAUAGUAUAAAAUCAUGA